AGCUCCGGUCAUUUCACUGCGAGAAUCUGGACCACCCACCGUGCAAUUCGGACCUCGCCCCUAGAGAUUUCCGCGUUUUCUAUCUGCUGAACUAAAAAAAAUAAGGGUAGAUACUUUCUCAUUCGCCCUCGUAUUUACUGCUCGUUGGCAUUUUCCUGCACAUGUAUUUAUCCAAUAUAAGCGUUAUGAGCAAAAAAAAAAAACCCAAUUAGCGGCCAAUCCCACACAGUGUGUGUGUGCCAUUUCUGAAAAAAAAAUCGUCAUCGCCAUCAAGGAAAGCGUGCCUCCACGUGGAGGAUUGCUGGUUCCCUCGAAGAAGCAGAAGAAUGCCGGGGUGGUCGUAUGCCUUCCAGUCUCCGUGUGGCAGCACCGCGUCGUAGCACCGCUUCCGAAACGACGGCGACUUCCCUGCGACCUGGCCGGAGCUUCGACCAGCGGAAGGUGUCGGCGAAGAUGCUCGUGUCGCUUAACCCCAGGAUUCCAAACACUGCCUCCGUGCUGCUGGACUUGUUCAUCAAGCGCGAGAGCAAGGUGUCCCUGAUGCGUGAGCCGCUGUCGCACUUCUGCCAGGAGGAGGUGGUUCUCCACGCGCAAGAGUGCCUCCUCAAGCUCAACAAGCAGGUCAUCACGUACCAGGACAUCCGCGAUAUGGUCGAGAAUUUGGUCGGCCUCCACGACAUGUGUAUAAAGAAAAACACGGAAGUCGCGAAAGAACUCGGUGCCACCGUACGCAAGCUGACUAUCAUCGUGGGCGAGGUUGCGACAUCCUUGGAGAAGAUCGCCGAAGUGCCCGUCACGGACUGGUUGGCCGUAGGUGACGCUAUUGUCAGCAAGCUUGAACGGAUGAAUCCACCUAAACCACCUCCAUUCGCUAUGUUUAUUCCACGGAUGCGUGACUUCAAGAACAUGAAGAUGCUCGGGGCCGGCGGCUUUGGGUCCGUGUACCUGGUCACCUACCGUCCUGCCAACUUCGUGGUGACGGUGAAGCUUGUGAACAUGGACCGCUUCAGCCGACACAAGCAGGCCGCCAUGGACAAAGUUGUCGCGUCUGUCAUCAGGAACCCCUUCCUUGUCAAGUACUACUGCUGUUUCUGCGUCAAGGAAGCGUACGUGACCGUCAUGGAGUACAUCGCCGGCCUGGACCUGAUGCGCGUUGUGACCAAGGAGGUGUACUUGGAGAUCGAGGCCGUGCGCAUCAUCAUGGCGCAACUGAUCCUCGCGCUUGAGCACAUGCACUUGCGCGGAUUUCUCCACCGGGAUAUCAAGGUGUCCAACAUGCUCAUUUUGCCGGGCGGGAGAGUGAAAGUCAUCGACUUCGACACAACUAAAGUGUGCAGCGGUCACUUCACCAAGCGUUUCCUGAGGGGCUACUUUCGGAGAACUCCUUUCGAAUUCCACGACGGCGAGUCGGCCGGCACCAUACCGUACAUGGCUCCGGAAAUUCUCAAAAGGAGACCGUAUGGUCGCGCUGCCGACUGGUGGUCGAUGGGCGUCGUCAUGUACAAGCUGAUGACCGGCCGGGUGCCGUUCCGAGGAAAGUCCAAGCAGCUGCUUCGCGAGCGCAUCAUCACGUCGCCGCUGAAGUGGCCGCGUGCCGAUGAGCAUCCACACUCGGCCACGACGCCGGCCAAGGACAUGACGUACCGUCUGCUCAAGAAGAGCGCCGCGGAACGGCUCGGCUCGCGCGACUACAGCGACUUGAAGACGCACCCGUUCUUCGACAAGUUCAACUGGCAGGUGCUUUACAGCAAGACGAACUUGUGCGACAUAGCGAGCAUCGCCGAAAUCAUGAACAACGACGCCGAAAAAGACCGCACGAGUGGGGACCCCGAGGACAAGCGCAAGCACCAGCAGGUAGAGGAGAUGACCGACGUCAGCGCCGAAAGCCAGAAACCGUUGCUGUGCUACGCUUCGCCUAGCUUCAAGAAACUCAUGAUCAAGGUAAAGUCAAGCAAAAGCCCUGUCGACGUGUCUGAUUCCUUCAUGGAGACCAGCGAUCAGAGCUCCGAAGCCAUCGACUAUCAGGCGAACUCUCCCGCGUCCACGAGCAGAACCACACCUAUGAGCAGCCCGGAAGGCAAAGACGGCGCACGCACCGAGAAGGUGGAUCUCAUGCUUUACCGGAAGAAGAAGUACACGAAGUUCUGGGGCUUCGGCUUCUCGUUGCGUCGGGUCCAGGGAGAGGAAGAGAGCUUCACUUACGUGGACACGGUGACCAAGGGCUCGCCUGCCGACAUGUCCAAGGUGCUGCCGCUGGACUUCAUUCUUCACGUGAAUGGUAUCACGGUGACGCAUGCGCCGCUGGCCCGGAUCAAGAAGAUCAUCAGCGAUUCCCGCGACCAGAUGGUCCUGUCGGUGAUGUCUUCGAGUCCCUACCGGCUGCUCACGAGCCGUCGAGACAUGCUGGGCAUCAUGCGCAGCAUACCCCGGGAAGCCGCCGUCAUUAAGGCCGCGACGCCCGGCUGCUUCGGUGGGAGGCCAUACGGCAUCGACAUCCUCGACGUCGACGUCGCAGACGACAAGCUGAAGCAGUCAGCCAAGUGCUUCGUGCUACUGUACGCAGACGUGGUCAGUUCCAACAACAAGGCGGUCUUCCCGGGUGAUGUGCUGUUCGAAAUCGACGGCGCACCGGUGGACGGCAUGUCGAGGCCGCAGGUUGAUCACCUGCUGAGAGCCGGCAAACCCGAAGUCACGCUGUCGGUGGUUCCUCUGUCACCAAUGCGCGAGCAGCGGGGCCUGAUCUCGAAGAUGAACGAGACAGGCAUGUCCGACAUGAACGUCGCGUCCAGGUCUACGGCUGCCGAUGUAAACUGAUGUCUCCACUAUUGCCCCUGGGAUCCGGCAACAUCGUUCCCGUAUCGCUAUGACGCUUACAAUAUUGUGCUUGACUGAAAGGGCAUACAUGUAGGUUUUUAAAACUUUUUUUACGCCAUCGAAAGAGAUAGGACAUAACGCUCUUGUUAUUUUGGCAACAUCUAGCCAUCGUAAGUUUGUGUUAUGUUAGGGUACGUUUAGAAUACCUUCCGUAAUUACGUUGCAUUUGAGCGGAACGUCACUUCAAUGGACUUUACCAGGAUGGUUGUGGACAUCGCGAAGUUAACCUGUAUUUCUAUAUGGUGCUGCGAUCUUUCAGGCCGCAGCCUCGUUGUUUGUGUUUAAACUUAUUGAAAAAAACUAA